AAAGAAAAAACCCUGGUUCUUCACAUCGUCGCGACUUCUGCUUCUCGUCUCCCAUCUUCUUCGCGAAUCCGAUUUGCAGGUUAGUCCUUACACGUCUUGGUUACUCUCUCCGGUACUUGGUCGAUUCUCAGAUGGUUCAGUGCCUGUUGCUGCGAUUCACAUAUUAGAUUAGACCAUCUUAGACAUGGGAAUCCAAACUCUUAUAUGGCAAGUGACGAAGAAAGCAUUCACUGGAGGUAUUAUAGGGCUUACCAUUUCAGAUAGGUUUUGUAGCGUUGUUCCGGUGAGAGGAGACUCCAUGUCUCCCACGUUUAAUCCCCAACGAGAUUCUUAUUUAGAUGAUUAUGUGCUCGUAGACAAAUUCUGCCUUAAGGAUUACAAGUUUGCGCGUGGUGAUGUUGUAGUGUUCAGCUCGCCGAGUCAUUACAAGGAAAGAUACAUAAAGAGGAUAGUGGGGAUGCCUGGGGAAUGGAUAAGUAGUACUGAGGAUGUGAUCAGAGUUCCAGAAGGACAUUGUUGGGUAGAAGGAGAUAACAAAGCUUCCAGCUUAGACUCAAGAACCUUUGGCCCUAUUCCCUUGGGUUUAAUUGGAGGACGGGUCACUCGUGUCGUGUGGCCUCCUCAAAGACUAAGCAAGAUUGGUGGCUAAAGCUAAUGUAGUAGGAGAAAGAAGAAAAGUGGCCUCUUCGUAAUAACGUAUCAUGUUCAGGGGUGAAUACUACACAACGUGUCAGGUUAGAUUCUCUGCGUUUUUUUGAAACUGAUGCUUCGAACUCUGUUUCAAACUUUCAAAACCAUAAUUAAAUAAGAGAGAUGGUACAACUAAGGCUUGUCUGGUUUGAAGUUGGAAUUUAAAGAAUAAAAUUACUAAUAUAUAUUUUUUUUUUUAAACUCGUCGAGAAGAACAUCUUGCCCACCUUCUUCUUCGUCUACUCAAAACUUACUAUCUCUUCUCUCUAAGUCAA